GCCACUUCGUCAUCAGCCUCCUCGCUGCCUUGACCGAAGAAAUGCACCGCGCUGUGGCCGGUUCCGCCGUCAUCUGGCAGGAGAGCGUUCAACCCGGCGGAAAGGUCGAGCCGCAAUCUGAACUCAAUGACAGAAACUUGCGCUUCUUCGAUUCGUGCGACGGAAUCGUCUUGAAUUCCAAAUGGCACGAGGACUCGCUCAUUGAAUCUGCAGAGUCGGCCGGAAAACGCAGGGGCGACGUCUACGCUGGGAUCGACGUCCUCACUCGGGGCACGUGCCACGAAAGCCGCUACGAGAUGCACAAGGCAGUCGCCAUAGCGCGCAAAUACGGCCUAUCUGCUGCCAUAUCCGGUGCAGGAUGGGUGUACGUGGAAGAUCGCCUUGUCCACCUAGACCCACGCUUGAUGAGGUCUACCAUCCACGGCACAGACUUCACGCUGAAUUUCAGGCAGAACCAGUGUCAGUUGUGGGCCCUACCCGAGAAAUGCCGGCCACAGUGGCGUGUUACCACGCUGCCGCUGUCCACGACGUUCUGCCAGGGAUUCGGCACCUCUCUGUACAAGAAUGGCCGAGUCAUCAAACCAGCCCCUUGGUUCAACCUGUCAAAACAGGAACUGCAGCCCCGAUACCAAGGCGGCAAGCUUUGCGGAGGUGGCGGGACGGCCAUGCUGGAUACAUCAGUCUCCUUCAAUGGUGGUGGUUGCCUGCGUUUGGAAUACGACCCUAAACUAGCAACAAAACCAAACGUCGUCCCGUACUUCAGGUUGUUCGACUUCAAUCUGCCGCUGGACUCCCUCUGUGUCAGCUACACGUACACGGACAAGAACCGAGGCAGCUUGGCAGGGCACGACAUGAGCUUGACGCUGAAAGUCAGGGAAGCCGCUGGAAACAUUGCGGAAUUGACCCUGGGUUCGCUCAUCUUCGUUCCGCAAAGCGGAAAGUACAUCGUGGAGCGCGACUUCACCAGCAGCACCCAAGGUGACGAGGGCCAAGAACAGCGCGACUGGUGGACAAGGAAAUACCUCGUCAAGGACGUCACGGGUUCUGCCAACCUGGAGGAAAUCGGAGUCUCUUUCGGUGCCAACGAGAGCCUGGCUUUUUUCAUCGGUGAGCUCGUCGUGGAGCGCGCAGAGGUCGGCAGCAUGGCUUCGAGAGACUCGCCGAGCAACAAAGAUGGCGCGGACAGACCGGAGACGGAAGCCGGGCUUCGGGAAUGGCUGGCCAAAAAAGACGAGACUGGACAAGACGACCCCACGCAAGAAGCCCCAAUCGCUUUCGACGUCUCCAUGUCCAGUGACGAAGGCGAUUAGCGAAAAUCAAUAAGCAGGAGUAGAGCCGAGCGAAUAGCAUCCUAAUUCAAUGGAUGGCAGCAUUGGUCGCGUGCAGCGACAGUCACAAUAAAUUACCCUCAGUGUAUCGCUUUCCUCGUA